GUGAAACGCCAAUCCAUGAUAAAUGCAGAAGUUGAAGCAACAUCCUCACACAAGAUGAGCACUGACUUAGAAGACCUUUCCAAGGACCCAAAUAAUUGUGCUAACAUGAAACAGGAGAUCAGCCACCGCACGAAAAGGCUGGCAGAUGAGGAGGAAGGUCAUUCUCUAAAAGUGAGCAAGGUUGAAGACAGUGGGGUAUCUGAAAUCUAUAGAUUCGUAAAAAAGCUUCUGAUGACCAAAUCCCCAGACAUGGCAGAUGAUUGGAAGAGGUUGAGUGAAAUGAAGGAGAAAUAUGGGGCAUCUUUUGCAAGGAAAAUAGAGGAUGUCUUUAAUGACACAGUGGAAUCAAAGAGCUUGAUGGAUCAUUUUCAAAAACUCUUUGAUUCCACUGUGUCAUUAAAGACACCCUCUAUUUUCCUUGCAAAAGAUGCCCCAUAUUUCUUCUUCAUUUCACUCAACCUCUUCCAAUCAUCUGCCAUGUCUGGGGAUUUGGUCAUCAGAAGCUUUUUUGCGAAUCUCUGUCAUUGCAAAAACAGAAUGUUAGAGAGCUAA